AGGAAGACACUUCCUGAAGCAGGCCGGUAGUCCGGCAGGUCGGUGUGUUAGUGGGCCAAAAUAGAAAAAAAUCGGGCUAAUUUUCCCCAAAAUAUACUUAAUGGUUAGAGUUUUAAAACAAUUUUGUCUCUGUUUAAGAUAAUUAGAAGUUCCAACUUGUGGGUAACGCAACGAGUCAGUGUUAUGGAAUUGGACCAAAUGGAUGUAAAUGAGUGGAAAUAUCACGGAGAAGGAAACAAGAGUCUGGUUGUGUCACAUUUACAGCGCUCUCAAGUUUUUCGAUUUUUGAAGUAUCCUGCAAGUGAUACUGAAAAUUUGUGCAAGACUGCAAGAAAUGCUUUUAUUCAUGUCCAGAAAAUUGUAGACUUUAGUAAGAAUGUCAUGAAACCUUUACUGGGAGAAAACUACGUUCAUCAUGGGGUAGUUGUGCAGCUGCCUUUGGAGUUUGUCCAGUCAGUUUGUCUGAAGGUCCAGCAGGAGAGACCAGAGUCCCGCUGUGAUAAGAUGAUGGAUACCUUCAGUGGAUAUGCCUUGUGCCUGCCAAACCUUACCAAGCUCCCUGCCUUCCAUUUUAGUGAAAAGCAAUCCUCACUUUGCAUUGAGAUCAAGCCCAAAUGUGGUUUUCUGCCUUUUUCGAGACAUGUCAGCAGGGAGACUAAAUACAGAGUCUGUCGCUUCUGUAUGCACCAACAUCUUAAGCUGGCCAAUGGCAAAUGGCAUAGGAUGAGUAGAUACUGCCCCCUAGAUCUCUUCUCAGGCAGCAAACAGAGGAUGAGUUUUGCAUUGAAGAACUUGCUGCAGGAACCUCAGAAUAAUCUCAAAAUAUUCAAGAAUGGAACACUAAUAUAUGGCUGCAAAGAUGAAAAGGAUUCUCUUCAGGAUUUGAAUACACUCAUUCACCACUUGAAGCCCUACUUCUAUCCUGCCAAUGGUUUAAUCAGUGGUUCACAUGGCACAAGGACAGUUCUGAAUGAGCUCAUACAUGUCAUUACUGUGGCUUUGCUUAACGCCACAGACUCAAGGAGAAAGUACAUUCCAGAGGGCAGAACGUACUGUGAGGCCAGCACCCUGCACAGAGAGAUUUUGAGAAAAGGUAUCUCAGGUUUACCCAAAGAUUGUGUUCUGUCUAAGAUUCUUCAAGCUCAGACGUUGGAUAAUCUGGACAUUGAGGGACUCUAUCCUUUGUACAGGAGAGUGCAGCAGCAUCUAGAAGAGUUCCCCGAAGAGAGGACUAGGUUGCAAAUUGAUGGACCUUAUGACAAGUCAUUCCUGGAGAAACUAGAAAAUGUACAGCCUGAAGAUGAUGGAACAGUUGAAUAUGCAGUUCAAAAGGUCCACCAGUACAGAGUUGCAAUGACAGCAAAGGACUGUUCAAUCAUGAUUGCCUUUUCACCUUGUGCAGAGGAUGAGCUACCAGAUUCUCAUUUGGUGAUCCCAUCUUCGAAGUCCAGGUUUACUUACUCUGUGUCUAUUCUGGAUUUGGACCCAAAACCCUAUGAGAACAUCCCACACCAGUACAAACUUGAUGGAAAAAUUGUCAAUUACUUCCUAAAAAAAACAUUAGGAAAGCAGGAGCAUGAGGAUUGCACACUGGUCCUCCACUCUGUGUGAUGGAAACCAGAUUGAUUUAGAUGUCUAGUGUGCUACUUGUGUGCCAAGGCUGGCGGUGAUAGUGAGACAGAGAGUAUUUAAUUGUAGGGUGCUAGAUUUGCCAAAUGAAAAAGCACAGAUUGCAUUACCUAAAGUAAAGCAGGCCCAGAUGCUGCAGUUGUGCCUGAGUGGAUCACUUGAUCAUGUGCAUAUAUUUGUACAGUUUGUAAAUGACUGAACUUUCAAAGCCUCCCUUGUUACAAUUGUUUUUGGUGGCAAGUGAAGGUGGUUUUGUUUCAUCUGCUGUUCUUGAUUGUAAGUAUAAUUAUGAGUCACAAGAUAAUUUACACCUCAACUAUAAUGAUUAAAUACUUAUUUUUAUAUUGGUAAAAGUCUAUGUAAAUAGCCAAAUCUCUUAUCAGUAAGGAUAGUGGGCAUUGACCUGCCCUUAUUGCUAUUGAAUACCUCAGGAGAUGCACAACACCAUUGCCUUGUAGGCAGGAAGAGUAUUGAAGUGCACAGCUGCCAUCUACCCAGAGGCUUAUGACCAAGAUUUGAAGCCUGUGGCUCGGCAAUUUCCUGGUUUCUGCUGUCUAAGGAAGUCACCACCCAAACUAGUAACUCCAUUUUUUAUAAUGUUUAGUUCUGAAUUUGUCCAGAAAGGAGCACAUGAUGUGCUCGGAGAGCCUUAAUGGAGUUUAUUUGCUGCAUUAUGCCUAAUCUCUGAAUUGGGAACUAGAUGCAGGGUUUUCUAUCAUUUCAAGCCAGCCAUCACCUCUUUGAAACUUAUUCAUAGAAAAUACCAAAGACAUUUUCUCUGUAGUACAUUAGGUAGCUGAAUGUGUUCACCGAAUAAUGUGGACAACUGUCCCUUUAAGACUAAGUAAUUGAAACUAUGAUCAUUACAAGUAUGCCUCUGAAUAAGUACAUGAAUGAAGGUUGAAUAGGCCUCCAGGCUUUGUUUUUAUGGCCCCAGUUUUUGGAAUCUAUACAACAGGGCAGGUGAGAAAUCCACUCAUACAGAUAAUUCAUAUCCAGAGUAAGCAAAGAUGCUAGCUCUUGAGGUCCUCCUUGUGUUUGAUGGGUAAGAUGUACAAGUGCCUGCUGUACUGUAUGUUGAGAAUCACAGCACCAAAUGUAGAUGUUAAUUCUGGAAGUCACUCUGAGCCCUGGCUUGUUCUGAAAAGUCACAGAAUGAAACUCUUAUAUGCUCCCUAUGGUACUGUUCAUUUGGUCCAAGCCACUUUAAAAUCUCUUCAGCCAGUGGCCGGGCAAAUCUGCUGUUGACUGGCCUAAGCACAUUCUGCCAAGAACGGCAGACUAUUAUAAUUGAAUCUUUGAAAGUAAACGUUUCUUACCAAAGGUUGAAAUAUGCAGUCUAAAUAUAAGCCAUAGCCAACAUGCAUCUUUGUUGCAGAAACAGCCUAAUGUAGGAGGAAGGCGGCAUCUUGUCAUCUGUGUAGAACUGUGACAUUUCUCAUUUCCCUGUUGUGGAAAUUGCCAUCAUUUUGACUUGAAUAGCUGCUUGCAUUCUCAAACGUGAAACCACUGUGGUACUGUAAUUGCAUACAUGUACAGAAAAAACUGUAUAGGAAGGCUGUAGUCUGAUCUUGAUUUUCCUUUAUUUAAAUAUUCCUAUUUAUUUUUUAUGUCUUACAUUAGUGCCAUGCAGACUGAAUAUGCAGCAUGCCAUUUUAAAUUUUUCUCAGUUGGUAUUAUAAAAAUGUUUAUAAUGAAUAAAGUAAUUUAAAAGUAAAUAAA